AUGGUGCUGCUGCCCCUUGCUUUGGCUUUGCUGCCGGCUGCAGCACAGUCCCCGUACGAGGGAGUGGUGGUGCCACUGUUGGAAGAGGAGUGCCUCAUCGCCACAAAGGAUCCAGCAACCUUGGCAGCGUGGCGAGAGCCAACUGUCGCAUCCUUGGAGGCCCGGGCGCACCUGGCAGGCAGCUUCGGUGUGGAAAGCCGCGCCGCUGCGUUGGGUCAUUGGCUGACAGCACUGCUGCAGCUGUUCGAUAGUCACCUGGAUGCUGCCUUCCAAUGUCCGGCCUUAGCUGCGCAGCACCUGCAGAGUACCGCCGAAUGGUCCUUAUCACUGGAUCAUCCUCGUCGCGCCCGCAUUCUCAUCCAACUGGGAAAUGCCUUCAAGUUCCAGGCCUUGAAGGAGUUUGCAUCCCUCUACCAUGAAAUCAAGGACACCUUGGGCCCUCCUACGGACGCAUCGCUUGAGGCCAUGCCCAACGCACCUCCUAAGAGGUUUCUGCCCCGACUUCAUAUACAAUACCAGAUCAUGCUGGGACAGUUACACGACGCUCUUCGCGUCCAACCACUGCCUUGGAUGCGCGGGUCCGCCUUUGGACGGGUUGAGAUCCACUCGAUCUGCUCGUACAAGCCCGACCCGACAUCCAAAACGACGCUCGAGUCACCACUUCUUGGCCUGUCCGUGCCGAACCAUCAAGCAUAUGCUCAGAGGCAUGGCUACCGGUAUGUUGUGCACACAGAGAGUGCUCUCCCAGAUCGUGAGGCACACUACAGCAAAAUGUACGUUGUGUAUCAGAGGAUGACGGGGCAGCGGGCACACUGGGCUUUUCAAGCCAACCAGCCAGAAGAUGCAGCACCAGAUUGGGUCUUCUUCGUUGACUGCGAUGCUUUCUUUACUGACUUUACCACGUCCAUAUCUGAUUUGAUCAACACAUAUGCACAGCCAUCACCUGGCAACAGCGACUUUGCACACUUCCUUGUGGCCGAAGACCCUGGUGGCAUCAACACCGGGGUGUUCUUGCUCCGGAACUCUGCAUGGUCCCUUAGAUUUCUGGAGCGUGUGGCAAGCAGCACGUUCACCGUCGCAUGGGACCAGUCCAUGUUCUUCUGGCAGAUGGUGCGAGGUGCCUUGGAGAUGGGCCUGGAAGACUUCAGCUAUCCCCCCGAGGUUCGCCUUGUUCACCAGGCACACUUCAAUGCCUUCGUGCCACCAGCUUCGGUGGACUGGAUGGCUCACGAGUGGCGGCCGAGCAACUUUGUCCGACACUUUGCUGGUUGCCCAUGGCAGGAGCAGCCCUGUCUACAGAUGAUGGUGGAAACUGCGGAGAUGGCAGCGUUGCCUCAGACGCAGCAGGAAGAGCUUUGGAAAAGGAGCUCCACCGCAAGCGUACGAUGA